CUCCCGGUGUCGAUCGUCGCGAUCUUCUCCGGCCAUGGCCAGCCUGUCGUGCUGGCGCAUACUGACCCGCCGGAAGGUGCUCUCGUACGAUGGCGGCCCGGAGAAGCUGGGGCGCAUCCUUAACACGUUCGACCUGACCGCACUCGGUGUGGGCGCCACGCUCGGUGUCGGCGUUUACGUGCUCGCGGGCCACGUCUCCAAGGAUCAGGCGGGGCCCUCGGUCGUGCUGUCGUUUCUCAUCGCCGCGGCUGCCUCGUUCCUGGCUGGUCUGUGCUACGCCGAGUUCGGAGCACGGGUUCCCAAGUCAGGAUCGGCCUACAUCUACAGCUACGUGUGCAUCGGCGAGUUUAUGGCGUUCAUCAUCGGCUGGAACCUGAUGCUGGAGUACAUCAUCGGGUCGGCCAGUGUUUCGCGGGGGCUCAGCCUCUACAUCGACACGCUCGCCAACGACACGAUGAAGCUCCGGUUUCGGGAGGUGGCCCCGAUCGAGUGGGACUUCAUGUCGGAGUACUUUGACUUUUUCGCCUUCUCGGUGGCGAUCUUGCUCGGCGUCGCGCUGGCGUUCGGAUUGAAAAAGUCCACGAUGGUGAACAAUGCGUUCACCGUGCUCAACAUCUUCAUCGUGCUGUUCGUGAUCGUGGCCGGUGCGAUCAAUGCCGACGUGGACAACUGGCGCAUCGAUCCGGCCACCGUGCCCAACAUCUAUGCGCCCGGCGACGGAGGUUUCUUUCCGUUCGGCUUCGAGGGAACGCUGCGUGGAGCGGCCACCUGCUUCUUCGGGUUCGUCGGAUUCGACUGCAUCGCGACGACGGGCGAAGAGGUCCGGAACCCCCGGAAGGCGAUCCCGCGGGCGAUCCUCUUCUCGCUGUGCACCAUCUUCCUGGCGUACUUUGGCGUCUCGACCGUCCUCACGCUGAUGUGGCCGUACUACAAGCAGGACGUGAACGCACCGUUGCCGCACGUGUUCAACGAAAUCGGAUGGCACUUUGCCAAGUGGAUCGUCGCGAUCGGUGGCAUUAUCGGGCUGGUGGCCAGCCUGUUCGGGGCGAUGUUCCCUCAGCCACGCAUCAUCUACGCGAUGGCACAGGAUGGACUCAUAUUCCGCUUUCUGGGCGAGGUUAGUCCACGCUUCAAGACGCCCGUCAUCGGGACGCUGUGCGCGGCGAGCCUUACCGGCACGCUCGGGGGGCUGUUCGACCUGAAGGCGCUCGUCAACAUGCUGUCGAUCGGUACGCUCAUGGCGUACACCGUCGUCGCCAUCUCAAUACUCAUCCUGAGGUUUUCGGAAAACCCCGAUCCGGCGAUUCCGUCCACGAGCAGGGAUGUGUACGAGUCGUCGAAUUUGCUGAAAGCGCGCGAACGCGUGACGGGUUCGGUCUUCUGCAAACAGCUGCUCAAUCUCUCCUGCGUCCGGCUACCGACGAACGUGUCCGCCCGUGUGGUCGGCGUGCUGGUGACAGUCUAUUGUCUCCUCUCGAUAGCACUAGCGCUGACGAUCUACUACGCGCAGGAUGCGCUCUACGAGGCGGAAGCGUGGGCUUGGACACUGUUUGGCAUACUGCUCGCCUGCACCCUGCUCGUCCUGCUGCUCAUCUCCAUACAGCCGCGCGAGCAAGCGGACGCCCCGUUCCGGGUACCCCUGGUGCCGCUCCUGCCGGGGAUCAGUAUUUUUGUCAACAUCUACCUGAUGCUGAUGCUCGACGUCUACACCUGGAUACGGUUCGGUAUCUGGAUGGCAUUCGGGUUAGCAAUCUAUCUGAUGUGCGUAUGUGUCAACAACACGCGGGACGCGAAGAACGUCGACGUCCGGGUGCCGACCAUCGAAGUGAUCCCCUCCGAUCAGGAAGGCUCGAUGGAGACCGGCUCGAUCGAUGCCGACCGGCGAGCCAUCGGAGCCGCUCCGACGGAACACUAUCAAUCGCAGAACGGGUUCUACUCCCAGAAUCUCAACACGGCGGUCCGAUCGGUUGCUGAAGUCGCUACGGGCCGGGAUGCUGGUCUGUUGCCGGUCCUGGCCCAACCGAAGGAGAGUGCUGCCCUGGCCCUAGCGCCGAUCGCUGCCCUGGCCGUCGUUCCCGAGCUGGAGGAAGACCAGAAGCAAACGAAGGCCUCGGGCACACCACCGAAGAGUACCUUCGACGAGAUCAUUCCCCUGUCGGAGCUGGCCGAAGGGUUCACGGAGAAAGUGGAACCGAACGGGAAGGUGUACUUCGUGGCCCACCAGCAGCAGCAACCGGGUGCCGAAGCGCCCGAACCCAGCUCGCUGAGCGAAGAGAAGGAAACGUCCAGAGCGAUCGCCUUCCUGGACAACAUACUGAACGACGAGGACACGGUUCCGUCCGGUGAAGAACCGCUCAGCUCGGGUGACUACAGCGGCGGCGGUGGCAUCGGGCAGCGGGGUACCGGCAAUCCCGGAACCCUGGACGAUGACGCAGCUUCGCUGGCAAGCCCGGUCUUCCGCGAACGGUCGGUGGUGGCGGACAUUCAUCGUGCAAACGACGUCGAGGUACCGAUCGAUGUCCCAGUGCCGAAACCGACCCCAGAGGAGCAAUCCGAGCAGGCGUCCGAUGAUACGAAACUGGAAGCCCGUAUCCCUCCGAUCAAAAUAAUCCCAGUCGAGAGCGCACCGGUGCCGGAUCCGGCCACGAAACUCAAGCCCCGGGCCAUCUACGUCGAUAAAGGCGGUGAGGCAGGCGGCACUCCGAAGGUGCUAACGGAGGACGAGCAGGAGUUCAUCAAUUUCCGGGCGGUCGAGAAGGAACGGUUCAUGACGCAUCUCAGCACGCUGUUGGUCAAUCCCCAGAAGCCGAUCCUGAAGCGACCGGAAGAUGAUCCGUCCACCCCGACCGUCGUAGCGCUCAAUCGAUCCAGCAGCGAGCCCAGCUUCGUGCUGCUGUUGAACAAACUGAACGGUUCCGAUUCACCGCAGGAAAGUGAAACGGACGAGCCGGAGGAGAAGGUGCGACCCGAGCCCAAAAGCAUGGGUGCCAUUCCGCCGGCCCCAAAGUUUGACGCGACGCUCUUCAACACGAUCCGGGCCGGUGGUUUACCGGUGGAUCUGGCGCCCCGAAGUCCGAUCCCGCAGGCGCCCAAGUUUGAUCCGGUACUGUACAACACGGCGACGCUCGGUAAGGGGAAGGCGCAACGGGCCUCCAUCCUGCCACCGGCGGAUGAGGUGGCACCAAAGUCCAAAGCAGUCCCUCCCCCGUCGGUCGGCGUCGGUCAGUAUUACGAGCUGGAGCUGAAGAAGUUGAAACCGAUUGCGGUCGUCCCGGUCGUCGGCAAAGUGAACGAAACUUCACGGACGGUGGACGAUCCGCGUGAGGAAUUCAAAUCGAGGUUGUCGAGGAUACUGCAACGAGGGCCACUGGAGGCUCCGGGGCGCCCGAAAACUCUAGCCCCGAACAGUGUGGGCGCGGUCAGUGCCGACAAUAUUGCGCCAACGAGCCCGGCACAGAAGGCGUCCGCGCUGCCAGCGGCCUCCAGUACCGAUUCCGGGCUCGGUCUGAGUUCGUCCAGCCUGGCGAUGGUGUCCACGGUGGCGGCCGAAGCCACGAAACCACCGGCCACCGUGAAGCGCGACGAAAGCUUCCGGGAUCGGGCCCGGGGCUUCGAUACGGCCAAGAUGAAGCAGAAGCUGCUGUUCGAUGAUGUGCUCAAAUCGAUCAACCCGGAGACGCGACCGAGCAGCAUACGGAACUCGGCCGAGAACCGGGUGUCGUUCCGCCACUUCAAGGAGGGACUGCGGAAAACGGUCCCCCCGAAGCAGUUCCUUCCGAGCGCGUGACCACCCGAGCACCCGGAUACAGUCUGAUCUCUUGCGUGGCCAUCGAUCCAGCGUGUUAUUUCGUUCGGUUUGUGUGUUCGAGU